AUGCACGCUGUUGGCGGCUUCACAUGCAGUUUCAGCUGUGGCAGGGUUUGCCGAUAUUGUUUAACGAGGUCAAGUCAACUGGGUGAAGUCAAAAGCGAACGUCACUGCAUUGUACGAGAUGCAAAGACACACAGUGCUCAGCUAGAAGCUAUACAAGUGAACCCUGACUUGACAUCUGCGUACGGUGUGCGAGAAAAGUCCCCACUGCUGGAGUUGGAAUCCUUCGACGUUACGCGCCAGCUUCCACCAGACGUAAUGCACGAUAUGUUCGAAGGGACGUUUGUUGUUAUCAUGCAUUACACCCACAGAGGACUCGUUGAAGAUAACGUCCUAACUGCCGAAGAUAUCCUGCGUGCCGAUACUUUCCCGUAUGGCACCAACGACAACAAAAACAGGCCUGAGAAGAUCGGCGCGUCAUUUCUAAGUGAUUCCAAAUCCAUGAGGGGCUCUGCCUCUCAAAAAUGGUGCCUCUUUCGUCUCAUGCCUUUCAUUUUGGGCCCCAUCGUACCAGAGGGGAACGACAAGUGGGAACUAUUCCUCACCUUCCGGGAGCUGGCGGACAUUAUUUUGGCGGAGAAAAUGCCCUCUGAGUGCCCCCAAUAUUUGGAAGACAAGAUCGAGGAAUUUUUCAUGAUGUUCUUGGCCAAGUACCCGAAUGCUCGUGUGCAUCCGAAGCUCCAUUACAUGGUUCAUUAUCCGCGAAUCACCAGUGAGCUUGGCCCCCUGAGGCAAUAUUGGUGCCUUCGGUUUGAAGCAAAACACCAGUUCUUCAAGAGUCACGCCGCUAGGGUUCACAAUUACGGCAAUAUCCCCUACACAUUGGCAAAGAAGCAUCAGCUGUUACAAAGUUACCAGUUAGGUUCCAGCUUCAUGGAAAACAGCUUUACAGCGACAAAUCUACGCCCUGCAGAGCAAACAGAGGCACAUCCCUGCGCACAGCACUUGUUCUGUGGCAUGGUCAACAUAGCGGAUUCUGCCAAGGUCAACGGUCUUGCGUAUUCCAAAGGAGAUAUCCUUGUCAUGAAAACCGGCGACGAUCCGAACUUUGUGCAAGUCCAACAACUAUACUUCGCUAAACGCAGGUUUUAUCUUCAAGUGGAAGAGAUGGUAGUGGAUACAUUUUGCAGGCACACGUUUGCGUACAAACUGCGUCGUACAGGCCACAUUGCGCUUAACGCACCUGGAGAUGAGGCUUCGUUUCAAAAGUUGGAUCUAUAUUUUGGCGGAUUCGUCGUGCCCAAAUGGGAAAUAACUUUCUAA